GGGUCCGUUUUUUUUUCUCGAUCAUUGGGACUGGCGUUUAAUGAUAUGUUUCACGAUUGGCUUCUAUUCCGAUCGUCAUCGCUUGGUAUUUUUUUU